GGAAGCGGGCGGUACUCCGGCUGACUGGGAAAUGUCAGCUGCUUGAUUGGGGUCGGGUUUUCCUUUCCCCGGACCCCGCAGGCCUUCAGGUGACCGCCACCGCCGUCGCCAGGGAGCGUGGGUCCCAGACCCUGGACGGCUGUGGCGGACGCGGGGUUUCCCGGUCCUUCUGGACGCUGUCUGGCGUGAUCGGACGGCUUGGAGUCGGGGUCAAAUCGGAUAACGCGUGUGAAAGCGCUUUGUAGACGAAAACGCUGUUCAGACGAGAGGCGGCGGUUUAAUUUUAGGACAACAGGAGAUCACGGUGGUUCCUGUGUGCAGUGGCAACGCUGAGCAUCCCCUUGCAGCCUCGAGAAGGCUCAUACAUGCUAACAUGAGAACAAAUAAGUUUACAGAUAUGAUCCAGGCCUGUAUGUGAAUUACUUUGGUUAAUCAGAGCAAACAUUGAAUAAUGAGUGGUGCAGCUUUGGGACUCGAGAUUGUUUUUGUCUUUUUUCUGGCAUUAUUCCUACUUCAUCGAUAUGGAGACUUUAAGAAACAACAUAGACUUGUAAUUGUUGGAACACUGCUAGCUUGGUAUCUCUGCUUUCUAAUUGUCUUCAUACUGCCUCUGGAUGUUAGUACGACAAUAUACAACCGGUGCAAACAUGCUGCUGCAAACUCGAGCCCUACUGAGAGUAGCAACAUUACAGGAUUGUAUGCAGCUGCUACCCCGGUUCCAAGCGCACAUCCGUGUUUCAAGCCAUGGAGUUAUAUUCCUGAUGGAAUCAUGCCAAUUUUCUGGAGGGUAGUAUAUUGGACAUCACAAUUUUUAACAUGGAUUCUGUUACCUUUUAUGCAGUCAUAUGCAAGAUCGGGAGGGUUUUCUAUUACUGGAAAGAUCAAAACUGCACUGAUUGAGAAUGCAAUCUAUUAUGGCACCUACUUGCUGAUUUUUGGAGCGUUUUUAAUUUAUGUAGCUGUAAACCCACACUUGCACUUAGAAUGGAACCAGCUUCAGACAAUUGGGAUAGCUGCUGCAAAUACAUGGGGUCUUUUUCUUCUGGUGUUGUUGUUGGGGUAUGGCUUGGUAGAAAUCCCUCGGUCAUACUGGAAUGGAGCAAAAAGAGGUUAUCUACUUAUGAAAACUUAUUUUAAGGCAGCCAAAUUGAUGACAGAGAAAGCAGAUGCAGAAGAGACUUUAGAAGAUGUCAUGGAGGAAGUUCGUAAAGUGAAUGAGAGCAUCAAGUAUAACCACCCACUGAGAAAAUGUGUUGACACAAUACUUAAGAAGUGCCCUAUAGAGUAUCAGGAAAAAAUGGGUAGGAACAUGGACGAUUAUGAAGAUUUUGAUGAAAAACAUAAUACCUAUCCAAGUGAAAAGAGUCUGGUAAAACUACAUAAACAGGUGAUUUAUUCAGUUCAGAGACACCGUCGAACUCAAGUACAAUGGCAGAUUCUUUUGGAACAAGCAUUUUAUCUAGAAGAUGUAGCAAAAAAUGAAACUAGUGCUACGUGUCAGUUUGUUCAUACCUUUCAAUCGCCGGAGCCAGAAAAUAGAUUUAUUCAAUAUUUUUAUAAUCCUACAGUUGAGUGGUACUGGGAAUGUCUUUUGCGACCGUGGUUUUAUAGGGUACUUGCUGUGGUGUUGUCCAUCUUCUCCGUGAUUGUUGUGUGGUCAGAGUGCACAUUCUUUAGCACUACACCUGUCUUAUCCCUCUUUGCAGUCUUCAUACAGCUGGCCGAAAAAACAUACAAUUAUAUUUAUAUCGAGAUUGCUUGCUUCCUCUCCAUCUUCUUCCUCAGUAUCUGUGUUUAUUCUACUGUGUUCAGGAUUCGUGUAUUUAACUAUUAUUACCUGGCUUCACAUCACCAGACUGAUGCUUACAGCCUUCUUUUCAGUGGCAUGUUAUUUUGCCGUUUGACUCCUCCUUUAUGUCUUAAUUUCUUGGGUUUGACCCAUAUGGAUUCAUCCAUCUCUCACCAGAAUACACAGCCAACUGCUUAUACAUCUAUUAUGGGUUCCAUGAAAGUUUUAUCCUUUAUUGCAGAUGGGUUCUAUAUAUAUUAUCCUAUGUUGGUGGUAAUUCUCUGCAUUGCUACUUAUUUUAGCUUGGGAACUCGUUGUUUGAAUCUACUUGGUUUCCAGCAGUUCAUGGGAGAUAAUGAUAUGACAUCAGACUUAGUUGAUGAAGGAAAAGAAUUAAUCAGACGAGAGAAGAGAAAAAGGCAACGGCAAGAAGAAGGUGAAAAUCGACGAAGAGAAUGGAAAGAACGUUAUGGACACAGUAGAGAAGAUUCCACUAGAAACAGAAAUGUUCAUAUUGACCCAAAAGAAUCAAACUUCUCAGAUAUUAGUACCAACCGAUCAGCAUCCAAAUAUACCAGGGCUAAUAAUAGGACUGAAAGGGACCGAAUAGAACUCCUCCAAGAUGCAGAACCUUUGGAUUUUAAUGCAGAAACAUUCACUGAUGAUCCUCUUGAAUCUGAAUCAGGAAGGUAUCAGCCUGGUGGACGAUACCUCUCAAUGUCUCGCAGCAGAAUAUUUGAUGAUGUUUAAAAUCUGUAAGAAUAUAUGGAAUAACUAACCAAGAUCAACACAUAAGUUCAGUCUUUAUGAACAUCUGUAUGCCCUAGAAUUUACACUGAACUCUCAGUGAAAAGUGUCAGGAUAAAAAAGGCACUAAAAA